AUGCCAAUUGACUUGGGUUUAACUAGGGUGUCAACCCUCUUAAAGCGACUUGGGAACCCUCACCUUGCAUAUAAUACUAUCCACAUCGCAGGUACCAACGGUAAAGGUUCUACAAUUGCAUAUCUCUCAUCUAUUUUCACAAAAGCAGGUAUUAAGAAUGGUAGAUUCACAUCCCCUCAUAUGCUAUACUACAAUGAUUGCAUUUCAAUGGACGAAAACAUAUACCCACUCUCUAAGUUCGAGGAGAUAUCCACCUUGGUAAAACAGGUGAAUGUCUCCUUUGAAUUGGGAUGCACAGAAUUUGAGCUUUUAACUGCCACAGCAUAUAAAAUAUUUGAAGUAGAGAAGAUUUCUUUGGCUAUAAUUGAGGUAGGAUUGGGCGGCAGGUUAGAUGCAACUAAUGUCUUGGAACCACCUACUCUCUUGGCCACCGGGAUAACCAAAAUUGCCUUUGACCAUGAAAACUUAUUGGGAAACACAUUAAAAGAGAUCGCAUUCGAGAAGGCCGGUAUAAUCAAAAGUAGAGUCCCUGUUGUUGUAGAUGGAAGCAAUAAUAAGGAAGUAAUUGAUGUAGUUGAGUCACGAGCAAAUGCCCUAGACUCUCCCUUGACAUUAGUUGAUCCGGCAGUUUCAGGUGCUGUUACUGAACUAAUUGAAUUCUCUCCAUUGAAAGGGGCUUACCAAGUUCAAAAUUUAGGAAUUGCUUUGAAAAUAGUAGACAUAAUAUGUUCACAUUCGACUUAUCAGCUCUGUGUUACACCGGAUUCAAUAAAGGAAGGUAUUAAGGCAACCAAGUGGCCCGGAAGGUUGCAAUCUGUAGACGUGCCACUUUCUACGGGAUCUACCGUUGAGAUUUUGUUGGAUGGUGCCCAUAAUGAAAGUGCAGCGAUUGAAUUGGGAAAGUAUCUUGAUUCUAAACCAAACAGGUCAGAAAACGGACUUGUGUAUAUCAUAGCAAUGACAAAGGGUAAGAAUAUAGAUUCCUUACUCAAGUACUUGCUAUCAAAAGAUGAUACGGUGAUAUUAACAGGGUUCUCGACUCCAGAAAAUAUGCCAUGGAUCCAAAGUUCCGCUUUGGGGGACCUUGAGGCAAUUGCAAGAAAGUACACUGAAAACGUCUACCAUGGCAAUGAGGGCAGUAUUGAAAAGGUCAUUUCUCAAGCACAGCGACUCAGUGAAAAACGUGGGAGUGAGAUCGUUGUGUGCGGGAGUCUCUAUUUAUGUUCUGAUGUCUUGCGAUAUGUGGACUCUUACCAUAAAUGA